GUCAACGGUCCCAAAUUUGAGACUGUCCUUCCCUCUAGUGGCCAACAGAUGUCAGCAUUGAGCUAAGACAUCUACGUCUUUGUUUGCUGCUGGAGAAUUCUGAUGCUGAAAAACAUGAAUCACCUCCUCCCUUAGCUUUAUGCAGGAGUUUCCUCUCGCGUCGAUGAGAAGUCAUUUCAGGGUCCAAGUUUGGCCGACUCAGCUUUUGUCUUAAAAUAUAGUUCUAAACAAUUUUAGUUAACAAGUUACGUUGUGUUUAUUCUCCAUUGCCAUUAACCAUUCGGGUAAAAAUGUGGUAGUUGUAGAGACCACCUUAAAUGUACUGCUGAUAGUUCAGGUUUCUGCCAAAGUAAUUUAAAUGGGGAAAGGUCCAAGUUUAUUUCUGUUUUUAUUAAACCGAGGAGACUCAAAUAUGAACGGAGGCUUAACAACCUACAGGGCAGUUCUAGUAAAUUAUAGCUUCAGUACGUGCGACUUUUAGCUCGAAACUGUAUUUUUCUAAUUUAUUAUAACAGCGGUUAACUUAAAAUUAAAAUAUUUGGGGGGUUAUUAUAUUUUAUUAUUUUUCAAAAACAUUGAACUGUAUUUUUGUUCCUCCAAAUUGUUGCUGCAUUUGUUCAAGCUCUAUUCGUUGUGGACCGUGUUGAUUUUAUCCAGAUUUCAUUGCAAUACCUCCAUAUAUUUGUAGACAUAAAUCGGGUCAUUUCAACUUUACCUUAUGUUCAUUUUAUUUUCAGGAAAUCCGUAUAUACUCCGAGAUGACUGUUCCUCGUUUGACUUUUUUCAGUUUUUCUUUUGUCUUGUAUUGUCUCCAUAAAUGAAGCAAAUGUUCAUUGAUUUUGUUCGUUCGACUACGUUAUCGACUCUAACAUUUUCUAUGUUCUAUUUCGCAACUUUUUUUCAUCUGAUCCGUCUGUGACUACACUUCUUUUUUCUCCAACAAUGUUUUUGACAAACAACACACGCACAUGCAUGUAGGGACGCAGAGCUCGACGCUGAUUUGCUGCUGCUUCUCUCCUGGCUCAGCCACCAGCCAAUCGGGAGCCGCUGUUGUUUUUGUGCGUCGCUGUGCUGCUAUAAAUCCCUGCGGAGAUGAACGAUGAGGCUGAAAGAAUCUAUAGACUCUGUGUGGAGAACAUUAAGAAGACAUCGGUGUGAGGAGCUGCUGCUGCUGCUGCAGUGUUCUGUCCUCUGCUGUGGUUCCGGAGCUGAAGGAGUCUGAGUGAAGGACCGACUGAAGGAGCUGUGCUGCUGCUGCUGCCCCCGCUGCUGCUGCUCCCGCCGCCCCUCUCCUCCGCUCUGCUGCUGCUGCUGCUGCUCUCACAGCAGCCCCUCCAUCACCUCCAUUAGAGCGAGUGGACAUCUACCUCCAACUCCGCAGAAAUGGCUCCCACUCUGGCCACAGCGUUCUCCCGGCGCUGGUGGAUGGCGGUGACGGCGGUCAUUGAAAACCUACUUUUCUCCGCUGUCCUGCUCGGCUGGGGAUCCCUGCUCAUCAUGCUGAAGUCUGAAGGCUUCUAUUCUUACUUGUGCUCAGGACCAGCAAACAGCUCCAGCCUCUCCAACGUUUCUACCCCUAAAAAUGGCAGCUGGGACGAUGAGUACCUGGAAAUGAAUGGCUGGCCCAUCUGCAAAGACCAGGAUGAAAUGCUGAACCUGGCGUUCACCAUCGGCUCCUUCCUGCUGUCGGCCAUUACGCUGCCCAUGGGCAUCAUCAUGGACAAGUAUGGGCCGAGGAAGCUGAGACUUGUAGGAAGCGCCUGCUUCGCUUUUUCUUGCCUCCUCAUCGCCUACGGAGCCAGGGACCCCAACAAUCUGUCCAUACUGAUCUUUUUCGCUUUGGCAAUGAACGGCUUUGGGGGCAUGUGCAUGACCUUUACAUCACUGACGCUCCCCAACAUGUUUGGAGACCUGAGGUCCACCUUCAUCGCCUUGAUGAUUGGAUCCUACGCCUCCUCUGCUGUCACCUUUCCUGGCAUUAAGGUGAUCUAUGACCUGGGUGCCACCUUCAUCUCUAUUCUGUUAGUGUGGGCUGGCUGUGCCUGCCUCGUCUUCUUCAACUGCUUCGUCAACUGGCCUCUGGAGCCCUUCCCCGGCCCUGAGGACAUGGAUUUCACGGUGAAGAUCAAGUUCAGCUGGCUGGGCUUUGACCACAAGAUCACGGGCAAGCAGUUUUAUCGUCAGGUCACCACUGUGGGGCGCCGUCUCAGUGUUGGCAACUCCAUCAAGCAGCCUCAGCAGCCCACCAAAGACCUGGCCACUCAGGAGGCCAACAAGCUGUGUCUGUCCACCACUGACCUGGAAGUGAAGAGCAAGAACCAGGUGGAGAAUCAGUCCUUCAUGAAGAGCAUCAUCAGUCCCAUCUUCUUGCUGAGCCUCAUCACCAUGUGUGUGACACAGCUGCGUCUCAUCUUCUACAUGGGAGCCAUGAACACCAUCCUGGAGUCUCUGACCGAGGGCGACCUCAGCAAAGUGAGUGUUUACACCUCCAUCUUCGGCGUCCUUCAGCUGUUGUGUCUGGUCACCUCUCCUGUGAUUGGCUACGUCAUGGACUGGAGACUAAAAGAUUGCGAGGACGAGAAUGAUAAGACGGAGCCCGGUCAGCCACGGCGUCCUGACAAACAGAUCCAGAAGAUCGUCAACGCCACCAGAGCCUUCAUCUUCACCAACCUGCUUCUCGUGGGCUUCGGAGUCACCUGCAUCGUCCCCAACCUCCCACUGCAGAUUUUCUCCUUCGUCCUGCACACUAUUGUCAGAGGUUUUAUCCACUCAGCAGUGGGCGGCCUCUACGCUGCUGUGUAUCCAUCUUCUCAGUUCGGCAGUCUGACUGGCAUGCAGUCUCUGAUCAGUGCGUUGUUCGCUCUGCUCCAGCAGCCCCUCUUCAUGGCCAUGGUGGGACCACUGGAUGGAGACCCUCUUUGGGUGAACGUGGGCCUGUUGGUGCUGAGCAUGCUGGGAUUCUGCCUGCCCUUGUAUUUGCUGUGUCACAGCCGUUACCUCCAGCGCAUCAGAGACGAGCACGACGAGGACCCCAAAAUCUACGUUAAGAUGACCAACGGCGAGAAGCCUGAGGUCUUUGUGUAAACUGGGAGGUAGACGGUGAGCUGUUACACCAAAAAAAAAAAAAAAAAGAGACGGAUGGAGGGAGAAAAAAGGGGAGGUGGAGUCUGAGGGAGGUGGAGAUCACUGUCAAGAUGACACUCUUGUGGAUUUACCCCAGCUGUCCUACUGCACCUCUCGUCUUACCUGCCCAAUACAUAAACACACACACACAUCCAAAAACAUACUGUAGUUUCUACGCACAAUCUCCAUCACACUGCCUUUUUGCCAAACAGACGCUGUGACCCCUGGUGUCAACCUCCCUCUUCUGUUCAGUAUACAUUUUGGAAACGAGGACACACACACACACACACACACACGUCCACUUUAGUCUAAGCCAUGAUGUGCUUGUACUGUGUGUUGUCCUCUGUUUGUGUUUGGGUGUAGGCUCACCACAAGCUUCAUCGAUUCCACCUCACAAACGAGGAAAGAACAGACUCUUAGACAAACUUUUUUUUUUUUUACCUCAAACAACAGUAGAUCAGUUACAUUCAAGGACGACACAUUUUCAAGGACAACAAAAGUAUUGCUCUCUCGCCACCAUCAAUGUCACGAAUGAAUGAAUGAAUGAACUCUGAUCACAACAUUUUAUUCAACAACACACACUGACGAUUUCGUGCAGCAGUUUGGUGUGUGUGUGUUUGUGGAUUUAAAGGUACAGUAGGCAGGAUGGUUUUUUUUCUCUCAGAUUUUAUCAAUUGAGAAUUCCAUUAUAACACGUCAGCACAAUGUCACCACGUCAUGAUCCGAGUGACACCGUCACACCUGCAUGUCCGGCGCUCUCUGUUUACAGCCUCACCACGGAAACCGUGGGGCAACAGCUUUAAACCAGCUCACAGGGUAAAUCAGACAGAGACUGCUCAGUUUGAUCAUACAGCUACAGUUCACAGGUCCUUGUGGUGGAGUAUCUGCUAUUUUAGCACCAGCAACAACUGUCCAGGUAGCAAAGGAAACCUACAUACAGUAAUGACGUAGUACAGAUGAGAAAAGGCACAGUACAGUAACCGCAAUAAAAACACACACGUCAGUAUCAGCAGACAGAGUUGGAGAGAUGAGAAGUUUUCCUCAGGUCUUCUGUCGUGAUCUUAACGAUCUCUGCAUGACCCUCGACAGUCCUUCACCUUUUCUACUCGUCCUGCCUACUGCAGCUUUAAACUUCCUGCGUGAGCCAAAACACAAGCAUGCACAAAGUACGCUCUUGUGCUCAAGGACACAUAUAUGGAUCCACAAACCGCAGUGUUGGUAGCAGUUCAACCUGGGUUGCAUGAUGCCCGGGAUGACAGUUUCACUCAAGUCACUA